CUCAGUCCUCCAGUGCGGGCGGGGCGCGCUUGCUGCGCCUGGGCCGCCGCGAUGGUGCCGACUUCCUGCUCCGCCCUCGCGUUGUCGGCGACCUUCCAGGGGCGGGGUCAGGAGGGCGCAGACAUGGCGGCGCCCAGAGGGAGCGUGGAAUGCCGGGUCCGCGGCUCGUUCUUCCGCUGACCCCGCGGCUGAUCCCGCGGUCUCGGAGCCGCCCCCAUGUUCCUGCUCCGCCGCCGCCGCGCGCUGCCGCCCGCCCCGCUGCCCUGUCGCCGGCGCGCGGGGAGCGACGGCACCGCGCCUCGCUGGGACGUGCUCGUUAUCGGCGGGGGCCACGCCGGGACGGAGGCGGCGGCAGCGGCGGCUCGGAGCGGGGCCCGGACGCUGCUCGUCACGCACAAGGCCGACACCAUCGGGCAAAUGUCAUGUAACCCUUCCUUUGGUGGCAUUGGAAAGGGGCAUCUCAUGAGAGAGGUAGAUGCCCUGGACGGGCUGUGUGCUCGGAUCUGUGAUCAGUCUGGAGUUCAUUACAAGGUGCUAAACCGGUGUAAGGGUCCUGCUGUGUGGGGUCUCCGAGCCCAGAUUGAUAGGAAGCUCUAUAAAGAAAACAUGCAGAAAGAAAUCCUUAACACUCCACUGCUGACUGUUCAUGAGGCAUCUGUGGAGGAUCUUCUCCUGAUGGAACCAGAGCCAGACCGUCCUGGGAAAUGCCAAGUCAGUGGGGUCAUUCUAGGGGAUGGAAGCAAAGUCCACGCUGGGAGUGUUGUCCUGACUACAGGCACGUUUCUGAGGGGGAUGGUCUUCAUCGGCUUAAAGAUGCAUCCCGCUGGGCGAUUAGGGGAUCAGCCUUCCAUUGGGCUGGCUCAGACCUUGGAGAAACUGGGAUUUGCUGUGGGAAGGCUGAAGACUGGGACCCCCCCUCGACUGGCCAAAGACUCUAUUGACUUCAGCAUUCUGGAGAGACACAUGGCUGACAACCCUCCUGUGCCAUUCAGCUUCCUCAGUGAGGCUGUGUGGAUCAAGCCAGAAGAUCAGCUCUCAUGCUACCGGACUCUCACCAAUGCCAAAGUGGACCAAAUCAUCCACGAUAACCUUCACCUGAACAGCCAUGUACGGGAGACAACAAGAGGGCCCCGAUACUGUCCCUCGCUUGAAUCCAAAGUUCUGCGCUUUCCAAACCGCAUUCAUCAGCUGUGGCUGGAGCCUGAGGGUCUGGAUUCCAACAUCAUCUACCCCCAAGGGAUGUCAAUGACUCUGCCGCCGGAGCUCCAGGAGCAGGUCAUUGCGUGCAUCCGUGGCUUGGAGAAAGCCAAGAUGGUGCAGCCAGGCUAUGGGGUUCAGUAUGACUUUCUGGACCCCCGUCAGCUCAGUGCUUCCCUUGAGUCCCGUCUUGUUCAGCGACUCUUCUUUGCAGGACAGAUAAAUGGCACCACAGGCUAUGAAGAAGCUGCAGCCCAGGGAGUGAUUGCUGGGAUCAACGCUGGCCUGCGUGUCAGUGGCAAGCCCCCUUUCAUCAUUAGCCGCACAGAGGGCUACAUCGGAGUCUUGAUUGAUGACCUCACCACCCUGGGCACCAACGAACCAUACCGCAUGUUCACCAGCCGAGUGGAAUUCCGCAUGUCUCUACGGCCCGACAAUGCAGACAGCAGGCUCACCCUCCGAGGUUUUGAGGAAGCUGGCUGUGUGUCCCAACAGCGAUAUGCACAGACAUCUCGGCUGAAGGCUGCAUUAGAGGAGGCAAUAGCAGUGCUAAAAUCUCUUCAGUUCACCGCCACCAAAUGGUCCAGGCUGGUUCCAGAGGCUCCCAUAAGCACCAGUCGAAGCUCACUUACCAGUGCCCUUGACAUCCUUCAAUAUCCAGAGGUCACUAUGGAGCUUUUGGCAAGAGCUAUCCCAGAGCCCCUGAGAAAGUUUGCUGAAUGGAGAGAACUGGCAGAGAGGCUGAAAAUAGAAGCUGUUUAUGAGUGGCAUGUAGCCAGCCAGCAGCAGGAAAUAGAGGAAGUACGUCGAGAUGAAGCUCUCCAGCUGCCAGAGGACCUAGAUUACUUUGCCAUUGAUGCAUCGUUGUCCAAGGAAGUGCGAGAGAAACUAGACUCCAACCGCCCCCAGACGAUCGGAGCAGUCAGCCGCAUUCCUGGAAUUACACCAGCCGCCAUCGUUAACCUGCUGAGAUUUGUGAAGACCAAUCAGCAAAGGACAGAGCACAUAAAGCACUCUAGGAUUGGCAGAGCCUCACCAGAGGGAAAUACAUUUGGGAAGAGUACAUUUCAGAACUCAAGCUUGAGCUGUGCUUCAUGAGGAGGAACCAGAAAAUAGCUUUGUUAGAAUGCCUUCGCAAGGAGGGUACAAGACAUUAGACAGUACACAGAUGGGUAUGCUACACCUAAAGCCAAAAACCAUUGUACCUGUCUUCUGUGGCUUAUGUCAUCAGUUUAAUCUGCAGUCAGCAUACCCAGGAGCUUUUGUAGAGUGACCAGGAGUCUAAGUAGCUCAUCAGUGUCUCUUGCUCCUCUUAAGUUAAAAUAAAAUUAUGAUGGGGAUGUCAGUCAACCAAGCACCUAUUAAAAAGCAUUGCUGAAAAAACAUCCCUUCUGUCAAAGGUGUUGACUAAGGAGGAACGUAUCGCCCUGUUGAGCAACAUGAGAUGCUAGUGAGAACUAGAAAACCAAGAUCCCAGUAACUCUCUGCUUAUUGUCUUCAGUAGGACUUGGAUUUGUCCCCAUCUCUGCAGUGGCUUGUGCUGCCUUUGCUUUUAUGUGAUUUCAGCCAGCUGGAAACAUUCCUGGUUGUGGAAAGAAUUUAUAAAUACUUGCCUUAUAGUAUCUCUUUAAUGGGCUGAACUUUGGAAGGUAACUCAGUUGGGAGGGCUGGCUUCCAAUCUGAUCAGGAAGAAAUGUUAACUUUCAAUGUAGAUGAACCUUUAGGAUUGUUUUGUUUGUUUAUUUAUUUUCCAGAAGCCGUUAACUUAGGCCCAGCAUAUAGAGUGAGAAAUGGUGACCCCAGAACACGGUAGGAUGGGAAGAUUGUAUGUUUGGUUGUACUCGAUUAAUUGUUAUUACUCAGAAAAGUGAUCCCACAGAAUGGCACCUUCACUCAACAAACUUGCUCGUUUUAGUGACAAAAAUAAGCGCUCUGCUCCUGUUAGCCCUGCAGAGUCAACAGAGCUAAGGCUGUGGGACCUGGAGUCUGUUUCUUCCUAUGCACCAUCGAUGGAGUUGUGUAUUAGUUUCCUGUCAGUUACACCUGUACAGCCCAGCGAGACAAUGAGUUUGUAUGGGCAUCGCUGAAGGACUGAUUUGGCAUUAAUACUGGCGGGCAGGCAUGAGAAAGAAAGAACCCAGCUUUACUCUGCCUCUAGGUUGAGUUUGCAGGGCUGGCAUUUAGGAGAAAAAACAUCUUUUUACUUUGUAAAUAUGAGACACAUGCACAAUCAUCAAUGCCAUUUUUGCAGGCAUCUUUCAGAGCAGAACUACGUGGAACAGCUUUGGAGUGACUGCUCUUUUAUCUGUGCUUGGCUUUGUGGGAAACUGAGUGGAGUUGCCAGUCCUCUGUCUUAAGCCUGAAUUCACUGAUGUCAAAACAAUAGCACAAAUGUGUCUUUUUGCCUGUUUGAAAACAUAGAGGUAGAUCACUUAUUUAUUGCAAAAACUAAAUGCUGGGAAUGGGGAAUAUAUUUAUAAUGUUGUUUGGGGGGAUUGCAGUUAGUUUUAGAAUGCUGCAACACACACUUCUAAUGGAUAAACGUAGCUUAAAAUACUCAUUAUCCAUGGAACAUAAUACAGAAUUAAUAGUGCUACAGAGAUGCAUGUGAGAGAAACUGAAUGCCAACAAUGAUUUCCUGUAUGCCAGUCCACUUAGUGGUUUUACCAUAUAAGUCUUGGAAGGACAUAACUGUUCUUUGUUAGCGAAUAUUUAGCACUUGAAGAAACUAACUGUGUAGGGUGUUUCUGGCUAUAGACCUUUCUCUUUUCCCCUUCCCUCCAUGUUAAAAAGAUUGUGCCUUUUAAGCAAAAAAAAUUGCUUAAGUUUCAGGAAGUAUCUUAGGGAUUACCAGUCCUUGGAAUUAACCAGGAUGUCUAAGCCUGUGGGUAGGAGAAGUCUGAAAUGGCAUUUCCUUUCAAGUAUGAAAGCAGUGAGUGAACAGGCUUGCCUAAGUAUCCCUGGUAUCCAGUGCUCUGUCAGCUCUUCAGAGGAGACUCACCCCUCUCAGUUGCCACAAGAGAUGGGAAAAGGUAAGCUGCACAAUCCUAGGUAAUAUGAAGAAACUCCUAGGUCUCUUCUAAACUCCAGCCAUCGAGCAGUGGGAUAGUCUGCAUCACACAUAUUUUACUCUGAUAUUAACAACUCAAAAUAGGAGCAUGUAAUAAAGUACAUCAUAGCUGUACUUCACUUAAAAGCUGAGAUUGACAUUUCCUUCAAACUUAUUGUAGCUUUUAAAAAGAUUAAAUGUGAGCAAAUGCCAACAAACAUAUGAAAAAGCAAAUAUUGCAGCUUUGUCUGGCCCAGGGGCUUGUACGAGGUUUAUAAGGGUCCAGAACCCGCUACAGAUUGAGAUUGUGUGUAUUACUUAAUCUGUAAACUGUUCAGGGUAGGACUGUCUCUCACUAUCUGUAUGUACAGUGCCUAGCCCAAUGGGGUUCCCAUCUCUGCUGGCAUAUCUAGGUGCUAUAAUAAUACAAAGUAAUAAUGUGUAAUAAUAAAUAAACUUUUAGUCUAUAUUA